CCCCGCGCGCCGCAGCGUCCCUGGUUACCGGCCGGGGCGGCCGAGGGGCCGGGCAUGGCACCGCCGCGCUGCAUCUGCCAGAUCUGCUCCUGCGGACGCCAUCGCUGCUGCCACAGAACCACGAGGAUUUACGACACUGGAGCGCAGCYGUACAACAAAACCGAGUAUGGGGAGAAGUACCCUGGCUAUGGCAGUGUCUGCCCUCCUGAGAGCUGCAGGCCAUCACCACAGAUCCGCCCUGAUCAUGGCACAAUGAACAGCACCUCAACCUUCAAAUCUGAUUAUAUACCGCAUGAGGUGAAGUUACAUUCUCGGACCCAACCAGAAUACAGACCAAAGUCAGGGGACAUUGACCUGGGGACCGUGUACCGGAGRGAUUACAGUCCCCAUAAAGUUGGACCAGUGGUACUAGCGAGGCCGAGAGAGUCGAGGCACACCACAGGAGCAAGACUGGACACCGUACCAACCUAUCGAGAUGACUAUAUAUUACGGAAAGGUCCAAGAUCAGAAUCCUGUAAGGUGGAACGUCCAUACGAGCCGCCUUCAGAAAGGUUUGGAAAUCCUUCCACAUUUCAAGAUGACUACAUUCCUAGAAAGCCCAAUCCCCCUGCAAGCUGCAAACCUUGUGAUGUCAAGCUGGCCACGGGGCCYUUCGAUGCCAACACCAUCCACCGCACCGCCUACAUUGUUCACGACGUGGAGCCCAUGUUUGUGCGGCCAAGAGAAGAGUACAAACCAAGUGACCAACCCCUCGACAGUCUCACAACCCACCGCAGAGAUUUUAAAGGUGCACCAGGGGAACAAGCACAACCCUUCAACCCUCAACCCCACAAGCUUGGAUCUGACGCUCCUUUUAGAGGAAUCACUGAAUUCCAGGACCGUUACCAGCCGUGGCUGGUCACCCCACCCGAGUCCUGCAAGCCCAAGGAGUACGUUCCACCCACAGAAAAGAUGGAUCUGAACUCCUCCAACCGCCUGGAUUACAUUUCACACAAGGCUCCUCCUGCAGCCCCCAUCAGACCACCUCCUGGAAGAAGAACCUCUGCCCCUUUUCAAGGCAAGACUACUAUGAGAGAAGACUUUCAGCCCAUGAGCCCCUGUCAGCGAGGGAUUAUUAAGAACGAACCGCAAAUUCCAAGACCUACAGGAAAAUUUUCUGGUUUGACUACAUUCAGAUCUCAUUACAUACCACAUCAGGCCAAUCCAGCUCAAAGCUGCAAACCUGUACAAACUGUAAGUAGUGGAGUUCCUUUUAAAGAUGAAACUAUGUAUCGCACUGAAUAUACUCCAAAGAAGCCAGAAGCCUGCCCAGGACAUCACCCAGAUGCUCUGGGUUAUGUCUAUGUGAGCACAGAUUCUCAGGGUCACAAAUACUACCGCCCAGUGUCUCCAGAACACUCCUGCUCAAGUUGUAAUCCUGUUCCACAGGAAGUGGCUGGGGUGUCAUAAUACUUACAUGCAAUAUUUCAAGCACCUUGGUAAAAUAAUUGGAAACCAAGUUGUUCAUUUUUUCUUUAAAUAACACUGAAAGCAAAYUAAAUAAUGCAAAUUUUGCUUUUAAAAGUUUGAAGAAAACUAAAGCCAAACCAAAGUUUGUUACAAGACUAAUAAAGUUUUGCCAAAUGCUGAAGGAACAAUACUCCCUAUAUGGCAUCUGUCCUUUUUCUGAUUGUGCAUUCUAAUUUCCUUGACUCUCCAGAUUUCACCACACUCCAUCUCAGGCAUAUUUAUCAUAUAUUUAAUUAAGAUUUUCUGCAACUAAAUAAUGUGUUUGUGAAAUAGUGUCUUUUAAUGAUAACAUAUUCUACACAGUAAGCAAAUAAUGCUGUCUCUAGUAAUCUAAGAAAUAAGUAAUAAU